AUGGAAGCCAAACAAACAGCAUCGAGCGGAUCAUUCACAGAGCUUGCACUAGAAAUCCUAGAUCUUGCCUCCAAGUUAGAUAGCCAACUUGCAUCCCAAGGUCGAAAACAGACUACCUUUGAAUUUGAUACUCUCCAGGGCCUUCCAGCUGAAAUUAAUGCUACGAGGGAGGAGUUCAUCAACAAAACGGAGACCGCAAAGCGGCUUGCUCUAGGCGGUGAUGGUAUUCUUCGAGAAUUAAUAUUCCAGUUCACCGAUGAGAUGACCCUGCGCGCUAUCUACGAUUUCCGUCUUGCUCAACAUGUACCUCUUAAUGGGCCAGCAACAUUUGAAGAGAUAGCGCAAGCAAGCGGAUUAGAUUCGACUAUAGUAGAACGUAUCUUACGGCAUGCAAUGACCAAUUAUAUAUUCAGCGAAGCACUUGGUCAGCCCUCAGGACGUGUUGUACAUACCGCGUCUUCCCGUCUAUUGGCAACAAACCCGGAUGCUUUAGCCGCAAUUGGUAUGCUAACGAAGGACUUAUCGCCGAUUGCCGCCCACCUAAACGAAGCUAUUCUCCAUCGGCGCGACCUGCCAGCUAGCGAGCGCGAUGAACCAACGCAGGCCGCCACGGCACUGGUGCAUGGCCCUGGACAAACAUAUUUCGGGUUGCUAAAAAGCGACGAAGCGCGUGCGGCACGUUUCGCGGGGGCGAUGAAAUAUUUCUCUGAGGGCAUAGAGGAAGACGUUAAGCAUCUGUUAGCCGGCUACCCGUGGCAUAUGUUUGAUAAAAAAGGGGCUAUACUGGUGGAUAUCGGCGGAGGAACAGGUGGCCCCGCGCACGUCCUCGCCGCAGGUACCCAUCAUCUGCAAGUGGUCGUCCAAGACCUUCCCGGCCCGGUGACUAAGGGUGCUGAGACGCUACCAUCUACACUUAUGUCUCGUGUUAUUUUCGAGGCGCACGACUUUUUCGAGCCCCAGCCUCGUCGGGAUGUAGAUGCUUUCUAUCUUCGUUGGAUUCUACAUAAUUGGAGUGACAAGAAUGCAAUACGAAUUUUGAAGGCACUCGUGCCAGGGAUGAAGCACGGAACAAGAGUAAUAAUUAACGAGUAUGUCCUCAAAGAUGGUCCAGAAACCAGGUACACAAGAAAACAUCAUCGGAACUUGGACCUCAUAAUGUUUGCUGUAUGGAAUGCCAAGGAACGAACGGAGGCUAAUUGGAAAGAGAUCAUCGAAGCCGUGGACUCUCGGCUUCGAUUCAAGGGCUCCCGGCAAAUCGAAGGGAGUAUACUUUGCAUUAUAGAAGCAGUAUGGGAGGAGCCUGCUACGAAACUUGUGGAGGAAUAAGUUCGAGACUUUGCCCAUGUCGAUUUGAUUUGGUAAGACGUGAAGUAAAUUAGGAUUUGAAUUGGCUUAGUAGAUUCGAGUUGAUGGAUUUCUAUAAGACACUUUAUGAUAAACGUUGCGGACAACUGGCGGGGGUGUUGGUUGGACCUGCAAGACUGUUCAACACAGCUAUGUCACUUCUUCGAGAAAUACCUAUAACCUAAUACCCCCAGAGAAAACCUUGGUAGAUAUUA